AGUUUAGCUCGAGCAGCCCGCGGUGACAGAGGCUCAAGGUGCAGCGGACAAGACAUUUCUGUUACUGCAUUUUGGAACCUAUGUAUUAAACAGAAGGACCUGAGCUUGGUGCCCAUUGAGUCGACAAAGAUGCAGAUGACAGGGUUCAGCUCUGUGCUGAUUCUGGCUUCAGUAUGGCUUGUUCCCCUGCCGGUGCGGGGUCAAGUUUCAUCCCCACGAAGAUUACGUUUUAAGGUAUUGGGCACAGACCAACUCGGUGUGUCUUGGAAAGAGCCAAAAGGAGAUUUUGAUGGCUAUAAGUUGAUCUAUAGCAAAGAAUCAGGAGGAGAGGUGAGGGUAAUUCAGGUGCCUAAGAAUGAGGGGAAGGCUGUGAUAGAGAACUUUGACCGUGCCCAGGAGUACAACUUCAAAGUUGUUGCUCUUAGUGGGAACAAGGAGAGCAAACCACUGGUGGGACAAUACAAGGCACAGGGAACAGAUGCAAACAAUGACAUUGUGCAGCCACAGAAACAGAAAGACCCUGCGACUACUGAGGAGGACAAUGAGAUAAGAGAAGUGGACCUGUUCACGUGUAGUAUACCGGCCACUGCAGACAUUGUGAUCCUGGUGGACGGCUCCUGGAGUAUUGGCCGCAUUAACUUCCGUCUGGUCCGGGCGUUUCUGGAGAACCUGGUCAGCGCUUUCUCAGUGAGCUCAGACAAGACCAGAAUUGGUCUGGCUCAGUACAGCGGUGACCCGCGGAUUGAGUGGCAUCUGAAUGCCCACACGACCAAAGAGUCUGUGAUUGACGCUGUGAAGAACCUACCAUACAAAGGAGGCAACACACUCACUGGCCUUGCACUGACGUACAUGUUGGAGAACAGUUUCAAGCCAGAGUCAGGCGCCAGGACGGGCAUUCCCAAAAUCGGCAUCCUGAUCACCGAUGGGAAAUCACAGGAUGAUGUGCAGCCUCCGGCCCAGAGUCUCCGAAAUGCCGGAAUAGAGCUGUUUGCCAUUGGUGUGAAGAAUGCGGACGAAAAUGAGCUGAAGGCCAUCGCCUCCCCUCCUAAGGAGACCCACAUGUACAACGUGGCGGACUUCGGCGACAUGAGCAGCAUCGUGGAGAGCCUCACCCGUACCAUCUGUGACCGCGUUGAGCAGCUCAACAAGGACAUCAAAGGCAAGCAGAAGAGAAGAAAAGGGGCCUGCUGCCCGGCUCCCCCCCGUGACCUGGUGACCUCUGAGGUGACAGCCCGGAGCUUCAGAGUCACCUGGACACACGCGCCUGGUGCGGUAGAGAAGUAUCGCGUGGUGUACUACCCUGCUAAAGGAGACAAGCCAGAGGAGGUGGUGGUGAAAGGCAGUGAAAACACGGUGGUGCUACGCUACCUGAACUCCCUGACCGAGUACCAGGUGGCCCUGUUCGCAGUCUACAGCAACACUGCCAGCGAAGCUCUCCGGGGCACAGAGACAACACUUGCCUUGCCCAUGGUGGGCGACCUGGAGCUCUUCGAUGUCACGCACAACAGCAUGAUCGCCCGCUGGAGAGGAGCGGCGGGCGCUUCGGGGUACAUGAUCCUCUACGCCCCUCUCACAGAGGGGGAGUCCGCCGACGAGAAAGAGGUGAAAGUGGCAGAGAGUGUCACAGAGGUCGAGCUUGAGGGUCUGACCCCAGACACUGAGUACACCGUGACUGUCUACGCCAUGUACGGAGACGACGCCAGUGACCCUAUGACCGGCCAGGAGAUCACAUUGCCACUCUCCCCGGCACGUAACCUCCGCAUCACAGAUGUCAACCACACCUCAGGUCGGCUGACUUGGGAUGAAGCUUCCAGGAAGGUCAGAGGUUACCGCAUCGUGUAUGUGAAGUCCAGGGGUGCACAGAGCAGCGAGUUUGAGGUGGGCCGCAUCACCAGCCACCUCCUGCAGAACCUGACCUCUCUGACGGAGUACGCAGUGGCCAUCUACGCCAUGUAUGAAGAGGGUCAGGCUGAGGCUCUCAAAGGCAGCUUCACCACCAAGACUGUUCCUGAGCCUCUGAACGGGCGAACCAAAGAGGUCAGCUACAACAGCUUCAGAGUCAGCUGGCAGCACCCUGCCACAGAUGUCGUCCUUUACAAGCUCUUGUGGGGAGAGAGUGAUGGCGACGGAGACGUUGAAGAGGUGUUGGUGAAUUCCCAAACAAACACCUAUCUGGUGACUGGCCUAAAGCCCCUCACCGAGUACGAGGUGUCUCUCUCCGGAAUAUACAAAGAUGAAUCAGAGAGCGAAUCAGUCAUCCUUCUGGAAACCACUGCGGCAGGAACCACAACCAUCAGAACCACCACUACAAUAGCUGCAGUGGUGCGUCAGGCUGUGAGGAACGUGCAGAUCAGUGAGCAGACCACCUUCAGCUUCCGCGUCUCCUGGGAGCUCCAGGACCCCAACGUCCGUCAGUACCGCAUCUCCUACGUGACCAGGCAAGGGGACCGCGCAGAGGAGGUGACCAUGGUUCCAAGUCAACAGAAGAGCCUUCUGCUUCAGUCUCUGCUGUCAGACACUGAGUACCAAGUCACCGUCACCCCCGUGUACGCAGAUGGACCGGGCCCCGUAAUGACCCGCGUGGGUCGCACCCUGCCUCUGACUUCGCCUAGGAACCUAAGAGUGUCUGAGGAGUGGUAUAACCGUUUCCGAAUCACCUGGGAUACACCCCCAUCACCCACCAUGGGAUACAGAAUUGUCUACCAGCCCACCUCUGGCCCAGGGCGCGCCCUGGAGACGUUUGUGGGUGAAGACGUGAACACCAUUCUGAUCCUCAACCUGCUCUCCGGCACUGAGUACAGCGUCAAAGUCAUCGCCUCAUACACCACAGGCUCCAGCGAGGCGCUCAUUGGGAACGCCAAGACAUUGUACCUGGGCGUGACCAACCUGAAGACCUACCAGGUGCGGACCACCAGCAUGUGUACCCAAUGGCAGCCACAUCGCCAUGCCACCCUGUACCGCAUCAUGCUCGAGUCUCUUGUUAAUGGAGAGAGACAGGAAGCGUCACUGGGAGGUGGGGCAUCCAGACACUGCUUCAGCAACCUGUCGCCCAACACGGAGUACAAGAUCAGCAUCUAUGCCCAGAUGCAGGAGGCUGAGGGCCCAGCUGUCACCACCACCCAGAAGACAUUCCCCCUGCCUACCGCAGCUCCAACAAGACCCCCCACCACUCCACCUCCUCCCACUGUGCCCCAGGCCAAAGAAGUUUGUAAAGCUGCCAAGGCCGAUCUCGUCUUCUUGGUGGAUGGCUCCUGGAGUAUUGGCGAUGACAACUUCCAUAAGAUCAUCCGCUUCCUGCACAGCACGACUGGGGCGCUCGACCAGAUCGGCCCAGAUGGCACACAGGUGGCAAUUGCUCAGUUCAGCGACGAUGCCAGGACGGAGUUUAAACUCAACUCGUAUAACAACAAGGAACGGCUGCUGGAGGCAAUUCAGCGCAUCGCUUACAAAGGAGGCAACACCAAAACAGGGAAAGCCAUACAGCACGUAAAGGACACCAUCUUUACUGCAGAGGGGGGUAUCAGGAGGGCCGUCCCCAAAGUGCUAGUGGUCCUCACCGAUGGACGCUCCCAGGACGACGUCCACAAGGUCUCCAAGGAGAUGCAGAUUGAAGGUUACAUUGUUUUUGCCAUCGGGUUUGCGGACGCCGACUAUGGGGAGUUGGUGAGCAUUGCCAGCAAGCCUAGUGAGAGGCAUGUAUUCUUUGUGGACGACUUGGAUGCUUUCCAGAAGAUUGAGGAAAAGCUAGUGACAUUCGUGUGCGAAUCUGCAUCUGCAACUUGCCCAUCUGUGCCAAUGAGAGGCAGCACUAUGCCAGGCUUUAGGAUGAUGGAGGUGUUUGGGCUGACAGAACAACAAUACGGUAACCUUGACGGUGUGUCCAUGGAGCCCGGCACAUUUAACAGCUUCCCCUGCUACAAGCUUCACAAGGAUGCCUUCAUUGUCCAGCCCACCAGGUACAUCCACCCAGAGGGCCUGCCGUCUGACUACACCAUCUCCAUGCUGUUCCGCCUGCUCCCUGAAACGCCAGAAGAGCCUUUUGCUUUAUGGGAGAUCCUCAACAAAGACAAUGAGCCGAUUGUUGGUGUAAUUCUAGACCAUGGCGGGAAGACUCUCACUUUCUUCAACAACGACUACAGAGGGGAGUUCCAGACCGUCACCUUUGAGGGGCCCCAGAUCAAGAAGCUAUUCUUUGGCAAUUUCCACAAGCUCCACCUAGUUGUCAGCAAGACCACAGUCAAGGCCAUGAUUGACUGUAAACUGGUGGGCGAGAGGCCGGUAAACGCGGCAGGGAACAUCACCACAGACGGAGUGGAGGUGCUGGGGAGGAUGGUGCGCUCCAGGAGUCAAAAGGACAAUUCAGCACCGUUCCAGCUCCAGUCCUUCGAAAUUGUCUGCAGCACAUCCUGGGCCAGCCGGGACAGGUGCUGUGAUCUCCCAGCCCUGAGAAAGGAGGAAGAUUGCCCUGCUCUUCCCCGCUCCUGCACCUGCACACAGGACAGCAAAGGCCCCCCUGGAUCCCCUGGACCUCCUGGUGGCCCUGGAAUAAGAGGAGCGAGAGGGGAACGAGGGGAACCUGGCCCUGUGGGGCUUGCUGGGCCAGUGGGAGAUGCAGGACUCGCAGGGACUCAGGGACCCCCUGGCCCACAGGGACCAAGUGGAAGAACCAUCAUUGGGCCCCAGGGUGGUCCUGGUGAACGUGGUCAGAAAGGAGAUGGAGGCCCACCUGGACCUCAGGGCAACCCAGGAACAACAGGACCACGUGGCGGUGCAGGACCACCUGGCCCGAGGGGUCAGACUGGCAAAGAUGGAUCUCAAGGACGACAAGGUCCAUCAGGGACCAUUGGUGGGCCAGGAAAUCCAGGGGCGCCAGGCCAAAAUGGACCACCUGGACCUUUAGGAGAACAAGGCCCGCCUGGUCUCCCUGGAGUUAAAGGAGAGAGGGGUGAACGAGGUGAUGUCCAGUCCUCAUCUAACGUUCAGGCGAUCGCACGACAAGUCUGUGAACAACUCAUACAGAGUCAUAUGGCGCGCUUCAGCUCCAUCCUCAACCAUGUCCCGAGUGCGCCUGUGUCCGUCCGCACAGUUCCCGGACCCCCUGGUGAGCCUGGCAGGGCAGGAUCCCGUGGACCGCAGGGAGAGCAGGGUCCUCCUGGAAGGCCUGGGUUCCCUGGAAGUAAUGGAGAGAAUGGCCAACCAGGAUCCAGAGGUCUUGGGGGUGAGAAGGGAGAAAAGGGAAGCCCAGGCGUCGGAGUCCAAGGUCCCAGAGGCCCUUCGGGUCCUCCAGGACCACCUGGAGAAGGCCGGACUGGUAGCCCGGGUGGAUCUGGUCGCCCAGGCAACCCUGGUACUCCUGGCCGACCUGGCAUACCAGGCUCGGUUGGAUCAGCUGGCCCCCCUGGCUACUGUGACCAGAACUCCUGUGUGGGCUACAACAUAGGAGAGGAAGAAUCUGAUGGUGACCCAUCUCCUCGGGGUAUUUCCAUAGCCCAAGUGCCCAGCGCCUACCAGCCGUACGACCCCAGGGAACACGGCGAGGCAGAAGAAGGCGCAUACAACUACGGAGUUGCCUACGGCUCCGAGUACUACCAUCCCAACUACCCGGCCCCCCAACCCGUCGCCCCAGACGAUCCGCUGCUGGAAGCAGACGGAGCCACGGAGCUCCGGUCUCCCGGCGUGCACCGCUCCUCGCGCAGCCUGGCUGAGACAGCAGAGGACACCGCCGCCGCGGCCCAGGAGCAUCACGUCGGCCCAAAGGGAGACUUGAAACCUGCUGACCUCCAUUGAGCCUGUGGCUAGUCCAAAGCCACCUUGCCAGGACUCAGCGGCACACACGUGCGUGCUAUCUGUGGGAACAUCAUCAAGUGCCUGAUGCAAAGCCCCCGGAAAGGAUCUCUUGGUUGACUGGAAAGGGGGGGGGGGAGUAGGGGGUUGGAGGGGGAUGGGAGUAGGGGGUUGUGGGUGGGUGGGGGGGGGGGGGUUAAGGGCCAUUUUAGGACUAUCUCUCUGUCUCUUGCUGUCAACAUGCAUGGAGCCCCGAUUGUGUGAAUCAGCUGUGGUGUUUGUUUUUGUCCCGUAAUUUCUGGGUCUCAUAUCAGUGACCCCCCCAUGUCUGUGAGAAACAUUUGUACAGUCUGUGAUCUAACGCUGGCAAUGUCUCCCUGCCUCAGUCACUCACCUCCUAAGGCUUCAGUCGCCUCAUGUGUUAAGUGCCUGUUUAUACUCCUAGCAAAAUAGAUAUUUUUGUUUGAUUCUGUAGAUAUCGUAUGUGUUAGAAGGUUUUUUUCCCGGUGCGAUACAUACAAGGCACAACUCACAGAUGUCACCAUAUACAGAUUGGACAGUUUGGAAGAUCUGAGGGCACUUGAUUUAGCUCCUGUUAGAUUUUUUAAAUGAGGGAUUUACAUGAAAAUGCCUGAUUUGGGUUUGUUUUUGCAUUUUGCUAUUUGGAAGCCCUGAGGCAAAGGUGAUCAUAUGUGCUUGUCACUUGGUCACACUGGUUAUUUAUUUUGGAGAAAAGUACGAGCCCAUAUUAGAGCGGAUUGCAUGUUUUAUUUGUUUUUUGUUUUGGUGCCAGUGUAUUUUGUUUUCAGGUCAAAUUAGGAUUUUUACCAAUUAAAACAAAUCAACCUUUUUUCUACACAGGGCCUGAAUUCAAUUUAGGCCAUUUGGUUGGCUGCCUCUCAGAUCAGAUCAGGCAGCAAAAUUGUCUGAUUGUAUUCAAGCCUAAAUAUUAAAGGGGAAUAUAGGAUAGUUUAAAAUGGCAAAGAAUAAGCUGAGCGCCUGGUGGAUAUUAACGUUGUUACAUCUAUGACCUGAUGCAUUAUGUAAUGUAAUAUAGCAGUUAUUGCAAUAUGAUGGAUAUGUGUUCUUUAUAAUGUUUUGUUGUUACAUUAUAAUGGCUGAGUUUGACCCUACUGCAUUAUAUCGCAUUGUUAUUGUGUUAAAUAGUUAGGCCUGUGGUCUAAUUGCUGUCCAAAAGAAAAUCUUAUUGAACUGGACUCUGUCAAACCUCUUACCAUAAUUGUUGCUAUCAAGGAAAUAAUUUAUUUUUGACUUGGUAUUGUUUUUUCUAAAUCAUUAAAUAACAUAAGUACAGCCAUGAAAUCAAUAUUUGCUGUAGCUUUUGUUUUUCAAUCCAUGUAUAUAAAUCAGAAAAAAAGGCACUUGACUUUAAUCUUUAAUAUUGUUCUGUGUAUGGAGUCUUCAGAAAGGUUUCUUCAGUGUUUUAC